AUGCCCCCUGGAUCGAUUAAUAUCAGUGAAAAGAACCAGGGAAAUGUCGGGGGAAGUUCUCAUCAGUCUGUGAGCAUUGACAAUCAAAGGCAGGUGGUGAAUGUUGACAACAACAACGGCUGGCACUCCUGGAACACCGUUUGGGAUUAUGGCACCGGCUACGCUGCAACCCGGAUAUUCGCCAAGAAAAUCUGCAUCGUUCACAAACUGAAUAAAGACAUCACGCCGAGUAUUGCCGCUCUUCCACAAGCCAUCAGGGAAAAGCAGAAGGAUCGUACUAAGGGACCUGCCCACAAGGAGAUUGCUUACAUAGUUUCUCCCAAGAGGAUCACUAACCUGUCCACAUAUGGGGAGUCGAUUAAUGCCAUGUGCAGAGGGCUUCAUACCUAUGCCGCUUAUGAAGUCAAAGCCAAUAGAGGGCACACUGUACUGCACCACCUUCGACGGAGGCGCCAAGCAGCCCAACAGCAUGGGCACAUCCAUAACCCCCACGACCCGGUUCCACUGCGCCACACCCGCCGCUCCCCGCCAAAUAGAGAGCGCUCCGAGACCCGAAGGCCCAACAGCGGCGGGAGCGCAGUACACGGCGGCGGCGAUAGAAGCACAGCCGCGGCGAAAGCUCGAACCGCAACGGCGGCAGCAGAGGAACACGGGCCGCGGCAGAAGCACAAUGAUGGCAAAGAGGCACAGUCAGUGGCAAAAAGAACACAGCCGUAG